AUGGCUGAGAUUGCAUGGAGCUCUAGGGAGCGGGGAGGUCCAUCUAUAGAUCAAGGUUGUACGAUAGACAAGUUCACCAAAAUGAAUCCUCCAACAUUCUCAGGGGGAGCCAACCUUACAAUUGCUGAAAACUGGGUGCAAGAGAUAGAGAAAAUACUGCCGGUGCUACAUUGUGCAGAUGAUCAGAAAGUCCUGUAUGCCACCUAUAAAUUUACAGGUGAGGCUGAGAGAUGGUGGACAACUAUGAAAUUGCUAGAGGAACAAAGAUUCGUACUGGCGAUCAUAACUUGGAGCCGAUUUAAAGAAAGUUUCUUUGAUCGUUAUUUUUCUGCCACCAUCAGAGAAGCUAAGGUAGCAAAAUUUCUAAAUUUGACUCAGGGAAAUAUCACGGUUCAGCAAUAUGCGGCAAAGUUCAUCGAGCUGUCAUGUUUUGCUUCUUACAUUGUUCCGGAUGAGAAUAAGAAGGCAAGAAUGUUUGAGAGGGGCUUGGGGUAG